AUGGGCAUCUACCAUUUCUGGAACGUCGUCAACGAGGCAGGCAGGGAGAGGUCGCUGGCUCAAUGGGCUGCAAAGCACCUCAAGGAACACGGGCGACCGCUACGAAUAGCCAUUGACGAGGCCCAUUGGAGAUUCAAGAAUAUCACUGAUGCCAAGGAGGCCGAGAUCCAGGAGAAAAGUCCUGGCUCCCACCCUCGGGAGACGGCCAUACUCGAGCGUACUCUGCCGCUGUUGCGUUUGGGUAUCCAGCUGCUUUUCGUUUUUGACGGCGAAAGGAGACCGGAGAUGAAGAAGGGCUCAAAGCGAUAUUUUCAACGCGAGGCAACCACGGCGCUCCUCAAAGGUAUGCUUGAUCAUAUUUAUGUGCCAUGGCACCAGGCCCCAGGAGAGGCCGAGGCCGAGUGUGCACUACUGCAGCAAAAGGGAUUGGUCGACGCCGUUUGGUCCGAAGAUAGCGACUCUUUCAUGUUCGGCUGCACCCUUCUCAUCAAAGACCUGCGCAACGGCAAGAACCAGAAGCUAAAAGAAGAGACCCAAUCAUUCGAUAUGAAGGAUAUCAGAAAAACAGGUCUUUUCAACAAGAAGAGCAUUACACUCUUCGGAAUGCUAACUGGAUGUGACUACGACUCUGCGGGGCUCAGGGGCUGUGGUGAGGCCAUGGCUCGCCAGUUGGCCAAGAAAGGGGGACUCGUCGAGGGGUUCUGGCGAAUCCAAACAGAGGCCGAUGCGGCUGGUUGGCGGAUGCUUCUCGAGGAGGAGAUAGAAAUGAUCACUUCGGGAUCAAAUCUGAGCUUCAACAAGCAGAGAUCCGACAUCAGAAGCUUUCCCGCCCUCCAGGCCUUGAGAAAUUGCCGGAAUCCCGUUAUCUCUGAUGCAGCAACUCUCGAUAGUCUUCCGUUUUUACAGGGCGAAUGGUACGGGACGCACACGACUGAGAACUUGAAGGUGACGAUUCCAUGGAUGCAAGCACAUUUCUUCAGUCGGAAGGCUACCAUUUGGUGGGUGGAGCAAUUCGUCCCCGUGACGAUCAACCAGAGAUUCCUGAAGAAUGAUUCCAAGAGUUCGACCCGUGCCAAGUGUUUCCUGGUAUUGAGGGGGCUAUCCUUGUCUUGGAGGGAGUUCAUCUUCUGA